ACACGUUGUGUUCAGGCAAUUCCAUGUGCCCACAUGGAUGAUUGGAGCCUCGGCAACCUCUUUCUCUCUCUUUUGUACUGCAAAAUCAGCUGCUGCCCCUGUAUGUGUUGAGCAACGCCGUUCGCCCCUGAUUCUCGCCGGAAAAUAUGAAGGAGGGUGGAGAUGGGUUUGUCAGGGCGGAUCAGAUUGAUCUCAAGAGCUUGGACGAGCAACUUGAGAGGCACCUCAACAGGGUUUUGACUUUGGAGAAGAACAACAACAACAACAAGAGGGCUGAUGAAGAUAACGCUGCCGCCAUGCCGUCUCCGGCUGCUGCCUUCAGCUUCGCCAGGAGGGAAAGGCGGGAGUGGGAGAUCGAUCCUUCUAAGCUCAUCAUCAAGUCCGUCAUUGCUCGGGGCGCCUUCGGCACCGUCCACCGGGGCAUCUACGACGGUCAGGAUGUUGCUGUGAAGCUGCUUGACUGGGGUGAAGAAGGCCACAGGACAGAAGCUGAGAUUGCUUCACUAAGGGCAGCUUUUGCGCAAGAAGUCGCUGUGUGGCAUAAACUUGAUCAUCCUAAUGUUACCAAGUUUAUAGGGGCGACAAUGGGCUCAUCGGGACUUCAAGUGCAAACUGAAAACGGACAAAUUGCUAUGCCAAGUAACAUCUGCUGUGUUGUUGUGGAAUACCUCCCUGGAGGUACUCUGAAAUCUUUCCUCAUAAAAAACAGGAGAAGGAAGCUAGCUUUCAAAGUGGUUGUCCAGAUUGCACUUGAUCUUGCUAGAGGGCUGAGUUACCUUCAUUCGCAGAAGAUUGUUCAUAGAGACGUAAAGACAGAGAACAUGCUGUUGGACAAGACACGUACUGUAAAAAUUGCUGAUUUUGGGGUUGCUCGAGUUGAGGCUUCAAAUCCCAAUGACAUGACUGGAGAGACUGGUACGCUUGGUUACAUGGCUCCUGAGGUUCUGAAUGGCAAUCCAUAUAACAGGAAGUGUGAUGUGUACAGUUUUGGCAUCUGUUUAUGGGAGAUAUAUUGUUGUGCCAUGCCAUAUCCUGACCUCAGUUUCUCUGAGGUGACGUCUGCUGUGGUUCGCCAGAAUCUGAGACCGGAGAUACCAAGAUGUUGCCCUAGUUCUCUAGCAAACGUGAUGAAGCGAUGCUGGGAUGCAAACCCUGAAAAGCGGCCUGAAAUGGAUGAGGUGGUUUCUUUGUUGGAGGUCAUUGACACAUCAAAGGGCGGGGGAAUGAUCCCUCUUGAUCAGCCUCAAGGUUGUCUCUGCUUCCGGAGAUAUCGAGGGCCUUGAACAAUUGCUAGUUUAUGCAGAUAACCAAUUCAGAUACUCCUGUUUGAAGGUCAGACAGGUCUAUUCUGUAUUAUGGUAUUUUUUUUAAAAGAAAAAAGAACUGAGAUAUACCAAGCUGAGAAGAAAAGAUGGUGUUGGUCAUUAUAGGCUUUAGGAGCUGUCAUACAUUCCAGUUUUAUUGAAUCAUGAUGUAAAGCUUUUCUUUGUUACCAUAGUGUCAAUUAUAUUCUAUGUGUAAUUUAUUCCAUUUGCCGAUCUAGUUGCAGCCUGGCUUCGCCACACCUCCUCUGUAUGAUCUAUAUGUAUUAAUCAAACAUGAUAAUGAUU